AUGGGCCGCCGUCGCGGCUCCUUACCCACGCGUCGCGGCCCCUUAGCCGCUUACAGCAGCGGCCGCCGCCGACCCUGCAGCAGCAGCCGCCGCCGACCUGCAGCAGCUGCCGCCGCCGAGCCUGCAGCAGCAGCCGCCGCUCGACCUGCAGCAGCUGCCGCCGCCAAGCCAGCAGCAGCGGCCGCCGCCGACCCUGCAGCAGCAGCCGCCGCUCGACCUGCAGCAGCUGCCGCCGCCGAGCCUACAGCAGCGGCCGCCGCCGACCCUGCAGCAGCAGCCGCCGCUCGACCUGCAGCAGCUGCCGCCGCCGAGCCUGCAGCAGCAGCCGCCGCUCGACCUGCAGCAGCUGCCGCCGCCGAGCCUACAGCAGCGGCCGCCGCCGACCCUGCAGCAGCAGCCGCCGCUCGACCUGCAGCAGCUGCCGCCGCCGAGCCUACAGCAGCGGCCGCCGCCGACCCUGCAGCAGCUGCCGCGGAGCUCCCUGCUACGACCUGGCCCCGCCCCGCUGUUGCAGCGGCCCUACUGUCGCCACUGUCUUGCGCCCGCCGCACCAACCACUGGUGA